UUUCAGAUCACAAAACUAUGGAAACCGAACCAGCCACACCUCACCUAAACGGUCUGGAAUCUCUACCAUCCCCGAUUUCAGACGGUGAAUCCUCUGAAGUUUUGGAGGAUGUCGAUGAGAGAAGACUCAACAGAAUCGCCUAUGAGUACCUGUGUAGGUGUGAGGAAGUCCGAACUUGGCUCUCCGAAUGCCUCAACGACGAUACCCUGGUGCCUACCACCGAUCUUGAGGAGAAUCUUAGGAAUGGUGUGCUCCUAGCACGUCUGGGUAACUCUUUCGCUCCGGAGGUGGUUCCUGAGAAAGGAAUUUUUGAUAUAAGGCAGGAAAAGUAUCGGCAGAAUGAUGCGACGCCGGUGUACAGGCAUUCGGAUAAUAUUAUGCAGUGGAGAAGAGCCAUGGAGAGUGUCAGAUUACCGGAGAUCUUCAUCCCAGAAACAGCGGACGUAUUCGAAGGACGAAACAUGAAGACUGUCUUCUGCCUCUUCGCCCUAGCCACCCUUCUACACAGACAACGAAAAGCACCGCCAAUGCGGAAUCUCGCUGGAAAAGCAAAAUUUUCAGCCAACGAGCUAGUCACCGCAAAGGAAAACCUGAAAGACUCGAAGCUCCCCGAGUUUGGAGACGUCGGAAGCAUGCUAUCGGACCGUAAGAAUGAUGCGAAUGCUCAGGCGUUGGCGAUGACAGCUCUCCAGGAAGCAGUAGCAGAGAAGGAUGCUGGGAAGGUGCUGGAAGUGUUGAAGUCAGCACCAGCGUCAAUAGAUUAUGUAGAGGAUUCCCUAGCUCAGCAGUAUCUAGAUGGAUUGCAAGGGGAAGAGGAGCCACUGGCAAAGAUCUUUGUGCAAAGUGUGGUUAAUUCUGUGAAUAAUAAAUCCGCCAUGGAACAGCUGGAAACUCUCCUUGCCUCCGACUCGGAUCCUUCCACCAUCAUCCACAUCCUUGACCUACUGCAGAUCGAAGAUGUACGUCAGUUUGCCACUUCACUCUACGUCACCCUGCUCCGUGAUGCUCAAAAAUCCCAUUCCCCACUACAAGAGGACAAUGUCCGGGAAGCAAUUGCUCAUGGGAAUGCUCUGGUGGAAGUUCGAAUUGCUGUGGAGCAUGGAUCCUCGGAAGAUGUGCUUAAGGCACUUCUAAACCCGCAUUUGAAGUUGGAGAAUGUGGAAAAAUCCAAUGCAAGGUUAUAUUCCAAUAGGCUGAAGAAGGAGUUCGAGGGGAUUGAAGGCUUCUUGCUCCGCGAGCAACUCUCCCAAAUCGUCAACGAGUUCUGUAAGAUCUCGGAGGAAGAUCGUGUGGUCUUGGAGCUCAAUGGUGCCGUGCAACGCGGCGAUUCAGAGAGCAUCGAGCAAAUCCUUCAGAGUAGAGACUUCUACGUCCAGGAAAAUUUGGAGUUUUACGUAAAGCGGGUUGCUCUGAAGAAGCCACAGAACUUAGAGGACUUGAAAUCCACGAUGCAGGAAAUUAACGCAGAGGUUGAGGAAGCUUUCAAGCUCGCCGAGCAAGUAGUAAGGAUUAAUAAAGCGAAAGGCUCGGAGCCAAAAGUCAGAAAAGAGUUGGAAAAGCUGAAAAGCUUCAAGCUAGACGGCUAUCGAGAGGAGCUUCUUCACUGGUACGCCAAGCGUAUUUCCGAAGAGCUAGAUGCUUCGAAACAUCCGGAAAGCUCCCAAGACUUCUGGCUCGAUCACAAAUUUCCACUAGGCACAAUUUACGUGAAUACCAGUACUUCAAAGCAUUCGACGACUAGCCAGGAGCCUUUACAUCCAAAUUUCCUACGCUGGAAUCCGGAACUCCAGGAUUUUGUGGCCUAUGAGAAUGUGAACUUUGAUGAGUAUUGGAAGGAGAAGGAGAAGGAAGUUGUUAAGGGACAAGCUGCGUUGAGGAAGUUUUUGGGACAGAAGAAAGCGGCGAAGGAGGCUGAGCUGAAGAAAGAGCAGGAUGCGGCGGCGACAAAGAUACAGAGCCAUUAUAAAGUGUUCAGAAAUCGCAAGGAUUUGGAGUUGUUGAAAACGUCAACUACACCAUCUCUGUCUCUAGUUCGGAAGUUCGUGAAGCAGUUGCCACGUGGCGAGGUAGACUUCUCGGGUGACCUGGAAGUUGCCGAGUCGAAAACUGAAGUGUCUAGGCUUAUGGCGUCCAAUAGGCAGCUGGAUAAGAAUCUGGAGGAGAUGGACGAGAAAAUCGGGUUGCUCAUCAAGAAUCGGUUGAACUUGCAGGAAGUAAUUGCGCAUCGCGACAAAACCGCUGCGUCCGCCGAGGACUACGCGGCGAAGAACGAGGUGUCCGAGAAGAAGCAGAGAGAGAAGUGUUCGGUGGAGUCGUUGGAGCAGCUGUUGUACUAUUUGCAGACCAAGCCGAAUUAUCUGGCAAAUUUGAUAGAAAACCUCCGUGAAAACCGCACCGAGAUGAUGACCGACGUGGUGUCCCCGAUCUUCGGCUUCCUCAGCGAUAAUCGAGAGCAAUUCCUAUUCGUAAGACUCCUAUGCGAACUCCUCGGACGGAACGUCUCCCAACUCCGACUCAUCGAAGAUUUUCAAUCCAACUACUUUAUGCAAGCCAUUGCCGACACGAUGAAGCUCAGCACCUUCGACAACAUCCUCUCAGAUCCCUGCCAAUCUAUUAUAGAUGAGCUCACUGACUUUGUGGAUGAGGAGUCGAGGGUUAAGACGUUCCACUUGGAUCCAGUGGAUCUUUAUAUGAACCUGUAUGGAAGACCUGUGGAAUCGGCGGAGAAAGCGCUGCAGGACACUGAUGUAUCGGAUGUUCUAAGUGGAUCCAUUUCGUUUUUGGCCAAGUGGAGUGAGAGGUUUAUGGAUGCAGUGUUCAAGAGCUUCAAGCUACCGAAGAGCUGUGUCUACAUGACUUCCUACCUGGAAACUGCACUUCGUCAUCAGUUCCCAGCGGCGACGGCGAUGCAGAUUGAUCAGACAGUUGCGAUGUUCGCGUACAAGGUAUUCCUCUCCCAUCACCUGACAUCUCCUCGGAGCCUGUUCCGGGCUCUCGGAAAGCAGAUCACAGACGACGCAACACACCGCCUGGAGGCCAUCAUUCAUUUCACAGAGAACGCGGUGGCAAAUAAGGGAUAUGCCAAUAAAAUGUGGUUCCUGUCACUGCUCAAUGCGAAUGUUCAUGUCAUUCAUAAUAAGUUCAUCGACUACAUCAACAAAAACGUUCGUAACGUGGCCUUAGACGAGAUCUACUCGAUGAACGAGUUCACCCAAUUCGACCCCUUCCACAAGCCAACCCUUUCCCUCAUUGACAAACAUCUCCAAACCGUCAUCGAAUGUCUUCGUAAGAACAAGUCCACUAUCACAGAAGAAUCCGAGAAUCAACUCGUCCAACUGAUCGACUCCAUUGCGGAUGUGGCAACCUCCGAUGGGGUUGUGAUGCUUCAGCUGCACCCGUCACCCAAUGAAAUGCUGCCUGAUGGAACUCAAGCUCACCUGUUCACCAGGGCUAAGAAGGAGCUGGUGGAGCUGUUGCUGGAGGGAGUACCCGGGAAUCAUGUUGGGGAGUUGUUGGAUGAGAAGAAGGAGCUCACCCUUCACCUCAAAUCCAUCCAAACUGAUCUCAAAAAGGACGUGGAACAACUGGAGGCCGAUGGCCGGACUCAAAAAUCCGAUAACUACCAGUCAAUAGUGACAGAUAUCGCAAAUGACAUUAGGCUUCACGAGAGACGGCAAAGAGAACGUCAGGAGCAGAAGAAGAGCAUCGCGGCGACAAAGCGGAAGCUGAUGGAGCAGAGAGAAGAGCUUCAUGAGAAGUUGGCAAGAUACGAGGAAUACCUGGAGACUUGUCUGCAGAACUUGUCGAGGACAUCAAGACGCCUCUCAUUCCGCCCGAACACCAAGGAAGCCGGCAAAAUCCAAAAGGAGCGUGCCUCACUGGACCAGAUCAAAAGCUACAAGAGCACCGCUGAGAAGCUCUUCAAAAAGGGAGUUAUCAGAGAAAUCACAGGAUAUCAGACACCGAAAAGAAUCUCCAAGCUUAAUGUGGAAUUUGGGUCGACCGAUAUGAUGGGUGUGUUCUCUGUGGCUUUGACGGAAGGGAAGAAUCAAGUUGGAAGUGCCACGUUGCAGUUUCAGGAUCUUCUCAAAGCGGACUCUGUUGACGAGAAUACCUAUGUUUUGGCGGAGCUCAUCACACUGGACGUACCAAAAACCAUCCAAUACAUCAACAAAAAGUUUUACAAUAAAUAAUUUAAGUUUCCCAUCUAAUUUAUUACCGGUUUUGCCCCCUCCAUGCUUAUCGAUUAUGAAAAUUGACGAAUAAAUGGAUUUUCUCGCG